AUGUUAGCAGACUCAAAUAUACGGCUGCAUAAAAUAGCAUCCAACCACAAUAAAGUAGUGGAAGAAUUCCCAUCUGAAGAGCGUGCGAAAGAACUGAAAGAUCUAGAGCUCGGUGUAGAUCCCUUGCCCAUGCAAAGAAGCUUAGGUCUCAACUGGAAUUUGCAAACUGACUGUUUUACCUUCCUCGUCUCUCAAGAGGAGAAACCCUUUACCCGCCGUGGCAUUCUCUCCACUGUUAACAGCAUAUUUGACCCAAUAGGAUUUGUAGCUCCAGUAACAAUACAGGGCAAGGCUAUAGUCAGAGAGCUAAGCAUCGAACAUUGUGAAUGGGAUGCCCCGAUACCUGCCAAAAAGGCAACCCAGUGGAAAUCCUGGCGAGACUCUCUCAAAUCUCUCGAGCAGCUCCACGUAGCAAGACCAUACUUACCUAUGUCCUUGCUCUCUGCGCCACAUAGAGAACUGUGUGUUUUUUCUGACGCAUCCACCAUGGCUAUCUGUGCAGUCGCCUACCUAAGAGUAGUUGAUGAAGACGGACACAGUCUUGUAGGAUUCUGCAUGGGAAAAUCUAAAGUAGCUCCCCAUCACACCACUACUGUGCCUCGUCUAGAGCUUUGUGCAGCUGUACUUGCAGUUGAACUAGCUGAUACUCUGAUUGACGAGCUAGAUACCAACAUCCAUGCAGUAAAGUUUUACACAGAUUCCAGAGUAGUGUUGGGAUACAUAUACAACAGCAACCGCAGAUUUUACAUAUAUGUUGCUAACAGAGUAGCACGUAUCCGGAAAUCAUCACAGCCUGGGCAGUGGCAUUUUAUCAGCUCAGAAAACAAUCCUGCAGACCAUGCAUUAGCGGCAGUCUCCUGGGAAGAGAAACAUCCUAUAAUCAUCCCCAAAAAUACUCAUGUUGCAACAUUGCUGGUUCGAUAUUAUCACGAACGAGUAGCACACCAGGGCAGACACUUCACUGAAGGGGCAAUCAGGUCUGCUGGUUUGUGGAUCCUGGGAGGAAAAAGACUCAUAUCAAGCACCGUACAUAAAUGUGUCUCCUGCAGACGGUUGAGGGGAAGUAUGGAAAAUCAAAAGAUGUCCAACUUACCUGCUGACCGGCUGGUUCAAGCUCCUCCAUUCACACAAGUUGGAUUAGAUGUUUUUGGACCAUGGACUGUCUCUGCCCGUCGUGCCAGAGGAGGUCUAUUCGAAAGUAAACGUUGGGCGGUGAUGUUUACUUGUUUGGUAACAAGAGCAGUCCACAUGGAAGUGAUAGACUCUCUGUCAACAUCAAGCUUUAUAAAUGCUCUCAGGCGGUUCACAGCCAUCAGGGGACCAGCAAAGCUUUUUCGUUCUGACAGAGGCACAAACUUUGUUGGUGCGUGUAAAGAACUUGGAAUAACUUCAGAUGAUGCAGCACUUCAGUCAUACCUCAAAGACCAAGGCUGUACUUGGGACUUCAAUCUUCCACACUCCUCUCAUAUGGGAGGAGCGUGGGAAAGAAUGAUAGGGAUCGCUCAACGCAUAUUGGACAGCAUGUUGCUCAAGAUGCAUUCUCCUACUCUUUCACACGAAGUACUCACUACGCUGAUAGCGGAAGUAGUUGCCAUAAUGAAUUCCCGGCCAAUUGUUCCUGUGUCUUCAGAUCCAGAUGCGCCAACCGUACUUACACCUUCUAUGCUUUUGACUCAGAAACUGGACUCUGCAUCCUUUCCUUCAGGAGACCUUGAUCUUAAAGAUCUGUACCGGAGUCAAUGGAAGCAAGUUCAAGGUCUUGCUGACUCAUUCUGGAAACGAUGGCGCCAAGAGUACUUGGCUACUCUCCAGCCAGGAAGAAAGUGGCAAGCAGAACAAACUAACUUACAAGUUGGAGAUCUUGUCCUUUUAAAGGACAAACAGGCUAAACGGAAUGAGUGGCCUACAGGUCUCAUUGUAAAUACCUUCCCAGGUCAAGAUAGCAAAGUUCGUAAAGUGGAGGUGAGAGUUGUCAAAGGUGGCUCACCCAGAGUGUAUUUGAGACCUGCUACAGAAGUAGUACUGUUACUCAGAGGGACAUAGUGGUAUAGUACAAUAU